AUGUUCGAGUCGAUUGUGAACUUCCUCUCACCUGCGGCCCCGCCCAAUUCCGUCCAGCGCGAGGCCGUUGCUGCUGCUCCGGCUUCCAAGACCAUGACGCGCCGAACCCGCUCCUCUCUAGAAUCAACGUCGGCGCCUCCGAUAACCGUCGCAAUAGACAUGGAACCGGAGGCCUUUGACCACGCCCAUGACCCCAUUGGCGUUGAUUUCUCCGGUCCUUUGCUCACCCCCGAAGCCAGUCGCUCCGAAACCUCCAGCAAUCUGGAUCUCGUCCCCGGCGAUGAGAAACCAAUUACACGGCGAAGGUCUACGCGCGUGACGCGUAUGUCGCUGCGCGGAUUGGAGAAUAUGCGUGAAAUGGAGGAGGACAACAAAAUCGAGGACGUGGAGCCAUCUUCAACUUCAAUUGAUGCGAAAAACCGUACUGUCUCGGGAGAAACGCUCAUAAACAGCAUUGUCGAGAGUCGCGCCUCUCAGUCGUCUUUGAAGAAUGAUCAUAGUAGCGCUACCAUCAACGGCCAUUCGUGGAGCCAGAUCACUCUCCUACGAGAGAAUACGGAGACUGACGAAAAUCCACAUCUUGCAACCCCCGAUUCAAAACGAUCUGAAGAAUCAGAGGAAGCACCAAGGCGUCGAUCUCUACGAGCCCAGCCAGCUACGGAGCAGACACCUGAUAGUACCAUGGAAGAAGCGGCCAAGUCAGCGAACAAACCAGAGAGAACUUCACCACCACGUCGCUCGGCUCGCCUUAGCUUGGUCACCAGGGCUACGGAAGUACUAGAUAGAGCUGCUAGUGUCUUAGGCAAACGAUCCAGGGAUGCAAUGGAAAAGGCUGUACUGAAGCGUCGGGCGAGCUUACGUCCUCGACACUCCCUGCCCGCAAACGAGAGCAUGGCAAGCUCAAGCAGUUCUCAACUCCCAGAUGCUAAGAAACGCCGAGUUUCUGAGGGUGAUCUCUUAUCAAAGAAGUUGGAAGUGGAGGCUGAUGAGACUGAGAAAGGCGAGAAGCCUAACUCAGCUGUGCCUCAGUUUAGGACUAAGCGGUGGCUGGAUCAAGGUUUAUACACUGGCCAAACUCGUGACUACGACGCUCGAUUGAAUGAGGCCAAUAAUAAGAUCAGAGCAGCAAAGCGCAAAGCGCCCUUUGAGCCACAACGAAAACUCCUUCCCCUACCAAUGUUCUCCGGCGAGCGUUUAUUAAAGAACGGCCGAGAUUUCAAGCUGCCUUUCGAUAUAUUCUCCCCACUGCCCCCUGGCCAACCAAAGCCGGACGAAUGGAAAAAAGUGAAUCGAAAUGUGUUUGUUGGAGAUGCUGCAAGCUUUUGGCGAGAAAACAAGAAGAUUGAACUCUCUACUUGCCUUUGCGAUGAAGAGACUGGAUGCGACGAUAACUGUCAGAACCGUUUUAUGUUCUAUGAAUGCGAUUCAAGCAAUUGUCGCAUUGGUCCCAACUGCGGGAAUCGAAGCUUUGAAGAAUUAAAGCAGCGGUCAAAGGCUGGUGGCAAGUAUAAUAUUGGCGUCGAGGUUAUUAAGACAGCAGAUCGAGGAUACGGCGUACGCAGCAAUCGCACCUUUGAGCCUAACCAAGUUAUUGUGGAGUACACAGGGGAGAUUAUCACACAGAAUGAAUGCGAAAAGCGCAUGAGAACAGUUUACAAGAACAACGAGUGCUACUAUCUGAUGUACUUCGACCAAAACAUGAUAAUUGACGCAACCCGCGGCUCCAUUGCGCGUUUUGUUAAUCACUCCUGCGCUCCCAACUGCCGCAUGGAGAAGUGGACUGUGGGAGGAAAGCCACGCAUGGCACUCUUUGCGGGUGAUAGGGGUAUUAUGACUGGAGAAGAGCUUACUUACGACUACAACUUCGAUCCAUAUUCACAGAAGAAUGUGCAACAAUGCCGCUGUGGAGCUCCAACUUGUCGCGGUGUUCUCGGUCCUCGACCCAAGGAACGUGAGCUAAGAGAGUCAAAAGCAGAACAGAAGAAGGGGGCCCAGCAAAAGAAAUCGAAGAAUGCUCUAGCAGGCACAAAGCGCAAGCUCAGCAAUGUCCUUGAUGAAUCAACUUCUGCACUGAACAAAAAGCGCAAGGUAAUGGCGAACAAUUCAGUGAAAAAGACCUUUUCGAAGGCAGUCUCCAAAGCUAAAUCGGCCCUUAACAACAAGAAGAAGGCCCCUGUUCAGGUCAAAAAGAAUGUCACUGUCACGAAGAUAACUAGAAAUUCGACGAGUGCCACAACGAAGUCGAGGAAGACAAUCAGCAAGUCUAAGGUCACCAAAGUAGCCACGACAGCGAAAACAUCAUCCAAAGGAAAAGCGCAGCAGGCGGCCUCGCAGUCUAAGAAGAAAACUACUGCCACCCAGACAAAGGCCGCAUCCAAGCCUGUAUCUGCAUCAGAAAAAGUCCGGAUUAGAUUCAAGGCGACGGCCCGCCGUUCAACAAGUUUCAAAAAGGGGACCCAAACGCUGAAACUGAAGAGUCCUGCAAAUAAGAAGGUAGCCACUCCCGGCAAAAAGACGCCUUCAAAAACACCUACCAAGGACACGCCCAAUAGGAGCCCCAGCCAGAAUGGAAGCAUCAGAAACAAGGCGGCUUCUACUAAAGCCAGCAAAUGA